AUGUUUUACGACCACCGUAUAUUGACUCAGAGGAAAUAUGGUGUUGCUACUGUAUGGUUGGUUGCAACCAUUGGCCCCAAAACCACGCUAUCCAAGAAAGUUCAUAAAAAGGAGAUCCUCGAGGUUAAUGUGGCCAAGGCAUGCAGAACCAUUCUCCAAUCAGAGAACCCACUAGCUUUACGCCUCCAGUCGAACCUCCUUUUCGGGGUUUCAAGAGUGUUUUGCGAGCAGUACAACUAUCUUUUCGCUGAUGUUACGAACGCCCACCAGAAGAUUAAUAAGGAUUUUUUCGCUCCAUUGGACACAGGCAAGAUCGACCUUGUGGGUGCCAAAAUUCGGCCGGAAGCAUUAGUGCUACAGGAUGAUCCUGCAUUCAUCCCAGAAUUGCUUUUCGUUCUUCCUGAGCUUGUCAUACUCCCUGAAGAUCAACUACACCACACUACCCAGCUCACGCUUGAGGAUAAAACAUUGUUAUCGUCUGAACAUUCACUCUCCCUCUCAGCCCGUAGAGUUGGAUUUUCUCCCAGAGCCGAACUAGUGAUUCCGGAUUCCUCCUCGCUCGAUGGUGGCAGUGACAACGUUGGGUUUUUGCAAUUCGGCGGGGAUGAAUUCCAAGCGGGAAAUAUGGGCCAGGAAGAGCUUGAUGAUGACGUUGAUUUCAUGUUUGAUGAAAAUGGCGAGAUACAGGAUAUCCCAGCCCGUACCCCACACCGACUCCAGGAUCUUCUCAAUGUAGACCUCGGAGGCUCCUUCCCUCAAAACAAUGAGGAACUAGCCCAUGUUACGAAGCAAAACAAUUGGCUCAUGUUAUCUGCUGGUUCGGAGAGAGUUUGGCGUGAACACGAUGAUGGAAAAAAAAGCCUUAGUUUGAACGGAAAUCUCGUGGAUUUAGAUGCCCUUCAAGAUCAACCGUUUCCAGCUCCAAGUUUGAAUGAAAACCAAGAGGCCGAGCCCUUCCCAGCCCGCCUGCCAAAGGCCCAGGACGAUCAGAUGGUCGUUAUUUUUUCUCACCAACGGGGAAAGAAAUUGCGACUAGCUCAGCCUGAUGACGCUAUCGAGUUAAGAACAUCAGAUUUGGCUGCCCUGGACUCUAAAUAUAUAGAUAACAUGGAUCUAGCUCGGCGCAAAAGACAAAACAUACAAAAUGUUUACAUUAUCAGAAAAGCCGCGCGAGAGUGGGUUUAUAGUUGGGGCGGAAUGCUGAAGGCCGAGCCUCUGUUGGCGACAUUUGAUGGUGGUAAUAUACUUAGGCUGCUAAACCCUAAUGCUGGCCAGGAAAUUUUGGGAAAGUCUAGCAAGGCGAAGUACCGCAAGAGAGCACAAACUGAUCCAAGCGAAGAUGAGGCCGUAUCUGAAGGCUCACAGCAGGGCCGAAGAAUCAGGAUUGAGCGCGCAGAUGAUCAUAUUAAUCGCGGUAUAUCUCCUGAAAUUGAUGAGAUGGGUUUGGAGACUUUGCUAUCAGAUGACCAAGAUCCUGGAGUUGCUCGAAGGGGAUCUAUGAACCUCGAAGAGAAUUUAAUGCCUUGGAACAUCCUAGAACGGGGCUCGCGAGCCGGGUCCGUGCUCAGCUUUGGGGGCUUCGGAACGAGUUCUAUUGGGGGAAUUCCUAGUAGUAUUGAUAGACGCUUCUCCUCUACGGGACGUCGCAAGGCUAGCCCAGCUAUUGGAACCUCCCGACUAUUUGGAAAGCGGACCGGCCGAGUGACACCCAGUCCAAGUAUCCGUCAAACCCAUGGACCAAUUUCAGACUUCGGCGCAACUGCCAUACACGGAAGCCCCACAGAUAGGAAAUUUAAUGAAGACGAUCUAUUUGGGGUUGAGGAGACGGUUGGUCAUAGCUUCCAAGAGGAGCUCCUUCCAGAGGAAGACCUAGGACAAUGUGUUUCAGCCACCAGGGACACCCAAAAUUCGGGUUGGUUUGCGGAGACUCUUGAGAGGGAAAAUCAUAACUUUUUCGAGUAUCUCCGAUUCCAGCUUCUCUCUAAAUACGAACCCGAUCCAGUUAUUGGAAGUCAAGAUCAAUUCAUAUCUUUCAACGAGUUAAUUCCUCCUGCACAAAGCUCCCGGGCCGUCGCCGCUCAAGGUUUCCAUCACCUUCUACAUCUUGCUACUCACGGAUCCAUUCGAAUUAGGCAAGACGGUCGCCUUGAGCCCAUUAUCAUCAGGAUGAUGGUUUGUUGCUAG